UGCAGACCUGGGCAAGGGCGAGGGGAGCCUGGGGGGCGCACCAGCCCAGACGCCCUUUGGAAGGGGUGUGGAUAGGACUGUAGCUGAGGGCCCAGGAGGAAAUAGCAGACGGUGUGGGGCCUGGCAGGGUAUUGUUGCCUGAAGAAGAGGAGAAGGUGGGAACCGGAGAGUUGCUGAAAGUUGGCAGAGCCUGUGGACUGUGUGGACAGGGACUCCGGGAUCCCAAGCAGGGGCUCGGGCUUCAGGCUGGGGAAGGAGGAGGAGGAGAGGAACUGAUUGGAUUGGCAGUUGCGCAGGAGCCAAGACUAAAGGGAGGACAGCUGGAGGACGCACCACAAAAGUAGUUGAGGGUGCUUGCCUGUUCCUCCCACCCCGCGAUGGCAGUGGACAUUGAGUACAGGUACAACUGCAUGGCCCCCUCCUUGCGCCGAGAGCGGUUCGUCUUCAAGGCCUCGCCAAAGCCAAGCAAGCCGCUGAGGCCUUGCAUUCAGCUGGGCAGCAAGGAUGAAGCCAGCGGAUUGGUAGCCCCUGCCCUCCAGGAGAAAAAAGUGAAAAAGCGUGUGUCCUUCGCGGACAACCAAGGGCUGGCCCUGACAAUGGUCAAAGUGUUCUCAGAAUUUGAUGACCCGUUAGAUAUUCCGUUUAACAUCACCGAGCUCCUAGACAACAUUGUGAGUUUGACGACAGCAGAGAGUGAGAGCUUUGUCUUGGACUUUUCACAGCCCUCCACAGAUUACUUAGAUUUUAGAAAUCGACUUCAGGCUAACCGCGUCUGCCUGGAAAACUGCGUGCUGAAGGACAAAGCCAUCACAGGCACCGUGAAGGUUCAGAACCUCGCAUUCGAGAAGAUCGUGAAGAUCAGGAUGACAUUCGACACCUGGAAGAGCUUCACAGACUUCCCUUGCCAGUACGUGAAGGACACUUACGCCGGUUCAGACAGGGACACCUUCUCCUUUGACAUUAGCUUGCCUGAAAAGAUUCAGUCUUAUGAAAAGAUGGAGUUUGCCGUGUGCUACGAGUGCAAUGGCCAGACGUACUGGGACAGCAACAAAGGCAAAAACUACAGGAUCAUCCAGGCUGAACUGAAGUCCACUCAGGUCGAGCCGCAGCACGGGCCGGAUUUUGGCAUAUCCUUUGACCAGUUUGGAAGCCCUCGGUGCUCCUAUGGUCUGUUUCCAGAGUGGCCGAGUUACUUAGGAUAUGAAAAGCUGGGGCCUUAUUAUUAGUGACUGCAGUUGACAGGUUGUGGCCCUGGUCACCCUGGGCUGGUGAAGCCAAGAGAAGAGCAAAGCUGAACUGCCAUCAGGCACAGUUUAGGAAAAGGAAGGAUCCUGUUCACUUUUUUCUGAAACCAGCAAAUUCAGCCAGGUUCAGCUCACAGAACUAGCUUCUCACUCAGAGGUGACACUCCAGUCCCUUGUGACACCUGAAGCAGCCACAAGAAUGAGCAGAGCGGUGCCAGGAAGGGUCUGGAAAGGAACAAAGCCUGUGGGUAGUGCUGCCGAAGCUAGAGGAGCCUGCUUCCUGCUUGCAUCCAGAGACAGAAAGUGGUGACCUGGAAGUUGCUCAGUCCUCAGUCACCCCAGUGGGACCCCCACAGUUUGCCCACCUUUAGUGGUCUCCACCAUCCAGGCCUUUCCUGCUGCUUGGACCACCCAACCAUCACUGUGACAACCAACAAGAUGUCACAGCUACAGAGGACAGAUGCAAUCUGCUCCUUUUCCUGCAAGUUCAUUUUUAUUGCAUUUCAUUUUUUUUCUUCACAGUUCAUCUGAUGCUCCGAAGAAGAGAAUAAAGGCAAAUAAAUAGCCUGUGACUGAGAGAGGCAUUUCCUCUCCCCUCGUCCUGACCCCGCAUCUAUAUUCCAGCAGGCAGCAACAGUCUAGCGAUGGAAAAUCCUAGGUGGGGUUAUAGAUGGCAGGGCGACCACGAGGCAGGGCAGUCGGUGCACAGGACACAUGAGCUUUUCCUCUUGGCUUUUUGGAAGAGCUUUCGAAGCACUUGCCGCCACCCUGGGUCACUGCAAGGCACAGUGACAUGAUUUGUUUUCACUUGCUUGGCUGGCUUGUGAGCCUCAUUCUCUCACAAAGAACUGUAGAUCCCUCUUCCCCCAGAGUCCUCUUGAUUCUGUGUUUAGAACAUUUGAUUUACAGAUCCACGAAGCCCUCAAAAACUGUCUGGUCUUAUUUUGCCUGCAAUGUCCAGGACACUUUGCAAGCACCCAAGGACAUUAGCUCGGGUGUUCUUAUUUAUGGUGUGCUAGUACGGAAAGGGGUGGGGGCAAAUCCUCGUCACGUUGCCCUAUGUUUAAAAGUUUGCCAACUCUGUAAAAGCAGUGGUCAGUUGUUCUUAACCAUGCUGGACUAAAAGACAUGAGAGAAUGCUGUUGUGAGACUCCUGGGACCUUCACUGUCGGGUGGGGUCCCCAAACCUGUGAUUUUUCUUGGGCAAGAUUGGUUUUUACUUAGGAGUAUUUGACUAAUAUUUUUACAUGUGUAUUUGUAGACAUUUUGAUUUUUCUUCUUGGUUUUGGAGUUUGGUUAAGGAACUAUUUGAGUCUAUUUGCCUGAUCUUACUAAAAGUGAGGUUUCUCUUAGGCUCACAGAAAAAAGGGAAUACAUCGCCACUGACAUGUGGAGGCACAGGGCUGGACUUGUCAAGCAGUGCCUUGCGCUUGAAUUUUCCAGAUGAAAAAGAGCUCCUGCUUGCUGUGGCUUUGGAAUCCGUGUCCUGCCCGUAUCGAGCACCUUUGCUCCUGGACUUUGGUAGCUGGGGACUAUUUUUUUUUUUUUUUAAUUUUCAUUUUGAACUUCUAUUUUCAUUUUGAACAUUCAGUUUUAACUGUUUAAAUGCUAAGUGGUAUUUGAUGUAAUUCUUGUUCCUAAAACUAGCUGUUACUAGUCCACAAUCUAGGGCUUUAUGUUUUGUACCUCCCCCGAGGGGAUGGCACUUUGGGAAUACAUGAUAGUGUAAUUUAUGGGGAAAUCACAUUUGUAUUUUAUGCUGAAAUUGGGUGAGACUAUGUUUUAUCCAAGCAUCAGGUACACAAAAUGGUACCUUAAAUGUUACAGAACUAUUAAUAGUAUAAAUCCAAAUCCGGUAGAAGCCAAACUGAUCUCACAUAGGUCCCGAGUUUUAUUUUGGGUUAAGAAGUGCCCCCGCCCCCAGUGUAGGAAAGGGACAAGGUGCUAUUUACAGGUUGCCAGAGUAAGGCUGAUUCUGCAUUCUAAAGAAAAGGUCCUCAAGUGACUCCAGAAUACAGUCUUCUGGUUUUGUGUAACAAUGAUCCCAGGACAUUCCCUGUCAAAAUUUGAAAUAUGGUAAUUCAGUGAUAAACAUCUCUCCUAAAGCAGCUGUACAGCCCCCACCCCUUAUUUCUCCCUGUUUGCCCCAGCUUUUUUGCUGGGGGCACUGGUUAGAGGCCCCCAGCUUACACACCUGGGGUACACACCCCACUUCUCUGUUCAGAAAGCAAGUCUUCCCUUGCCUGCAGAGACCCUGCUUCCCCUCAAAGAGCCUACUUGCCUGACUUCAAUGAUGAGGACA